AUGUAUUUAAGUAUAAUUAUAUUACCUUUAUUAGGAUCUAUAGUAUCCGGUUUUUUUGGUAGAAAAGUCGGUGUUACAGGUAGCCGUAUUUUAGGUUGUUUAAGUAUAAUGAUAACUACAAUAUUAGCUAUCAUUAGCUUUUUUGAAGUAGGAUUUAAUAAUAAUCCCGUUUCAAUAAAUUUAUUUAAAUGAUUAGAUAACGAAUCAUUUAAUAUGGCAUGAAACUUUCAAUUUGAUAGUUUAACAGUAUCAAUGUUAAUACCUGUAUUAAUAAUCAGUUCUUUAGUUCAUUUUUAUUCAAUAGGAUAUAUGAGUCACGAUCCCCACAAUCAAAGAUUCUUUAGUUAUUUAAGUUUAUUCACUUUUAUGAUGAUAAUACUAGUAACAGGUAAUAAUUAUUUAGUUAUGUUCGUCGGAUGAGAAGGUGUGGGUGUUUGUUCAUAUCUAUUAGUUAGUUUCUGAUUCACUAGAAUAGCGGCUAAUCAAAGUUCUCUUUCAGCUUUCUUAACUAAUAGAGUUGGAGAUUGCUUCUUUAUGAUAGGUAUGUUUAUCUUAUUAUGAACUUUAGGGACUUUAGAUUAUAGUACUGUAUUCUCAUUAGCUCCUUAUAUUAAUGAAAAUAUAACAACAAUUAUAGGAAUAUGCCUAUUGAUAGGUGCAAUGGCAAAAAGUUCUCAAGUAGGUCUUCAUAUCUGAUUACCUAUGGCCAUGGAGGGUCCUACACCGGUAUCUGCUUUAAUACAUGCAGCUACAAUGGUUACAGCGGGAGUAUAUUUAUUAAUUCGUUCAUCACCUUUAAUAGAAUAUAGCUCUGCUGUAUUAUUAAUCUGUUUAUGAUUAGGAGCUAUUACUACAAUAUUUAGUUCAUUAAUAGGAUUAUUUCCACAAGAUAUAAAAAAAAUUAUCGCAUAUUCUACUAUGAGUCAAUUAGGUAUGAUGGUGAUAGCUAUAGGUUUAUCUUUCUAUAAUGUAGCCAUAUUUCACUUAAUAAAUCAUGCCUUCUAUAAAGGAUUAUUAUUCUUAGGGGCAGGAGCAGUUAUACACGCAGUAGUAGAUAAUCAAGAUUUAAGAAAAUACGGGGGAUUAAUAUCAUUCCUACCAUUAACCUAUUCUGUGAUAUUAAUAGCUAGUCUUAGUUUAGUUGCUUUCCCUUUUAUGACAGGAUUUUAUAGUAAAGAUUUUAUAUUAGAAUCUGCCUAUGGUCAAUAUCAUUUUAGUAGUAUCGAUGUAUAUGUUAUAGCAGUAAUUGGGGCUAUAUUUACUACACUAUAUUCAGUUAAAGUUAUAUACUUAACUUUCUUAACUAAUCCUAAUGGACCAGUUAAUUAUUAUAGAAAUGCACAUGAAAGUGAUAUAUUUAUCAGUUUACCUUUAGUGGUAUUAGCUGUAUUCUCGAUAUAUUUUGGAUAUAUCACUAGAGAUAUUUUCAUAGGUUUAGGUUCAGGGUUCUUUAUAGACAAUAGUAUAUUUAUUCACCCUGUUCAUGAAAUAAUGAUUGACACUGAAUUUGGUGUACCUACUAUAUUUAAAUUAAUUCCUUUUAUCCUUACUGUUUCUUUCUCAGCAUUAGCUAUAAUAUAUUCAGAAUUUAUGCCAAAUAUAAUAUCUAACUUUAAAUUAUCUAAUUUAGGAUAUUAUAUUUAUGGUUUCUUUAAUCAACGUUUCUUAGUUGAAUUCUUUUAUAAUAAAUACAUUGUUAAUUCAGUUUUAGAGAUAGGAGGUCAAACGACAAAAGUUUUAGAUAAAGGUAGUAUUGAAUCAAUAGGUCCUUAUGGAUUUGGUGUUAUUUUAACUAAAGCUAGUAAAAUAAUUUCUAGCUUAAGUAAUGGAGUCGUAACUAAUUACGCUCUUUAUAUUUUAAUAGGAAUUUGCUUCUACUUAUCUAUUUUUACUUUUGUUCAGGUAGUAGAUGACGUAGUAAAUUCUAUUACAAUAGCAAGCUUAGUAAUUCUUAUGUUAUAUAAAGAUCGUUCUUUAAUUUCUAACUAG